AUGGAGCAGAACCUUGCCAACCCGAGCCUGCACACAUCAAGUGAUCAUGAAUCCGGAUCGAUGGAAGCACAGCCAAAUGCCAUUCUGGACGAUUCGACGCCACUAAAGCUUCCUGAACAACAGGUGCUCGAGAAACAAGAGUCAAACCACACCAUCAGGGCGGAACCACUGGCUGAAAGAGAGACCUUAUCAUGGUGGUUUCCGCAGAUCAACAACGAUGAAAAGGACAGCCUUCGGAUUUGGAUGUCCAGACGAAGCCGUGCGCUGAUGCUACAAACCACCAUAGUGACGGUCAUCUUCAUCGUCAACCUCUGUCUUACUGCCUUCGCAGUCUCAAGAUAUCAGAGCCAGAAUGGCGUCGGGCUGAUAUAUAGUGGCGACUGCAACACGGUGAAACAACUUGAUCAAUGGAUUCACUUAUUGAUCAAUCUCCUGAGCACGGGAAUGUUGUCCGCGUCAAACUAUUGUAUGCAAUUACAGGCCGCUCCGACGCGCGCAGAUAUCGACCGAGCGCAUAAGUCCAAUAAAUGGCUGGAUAUCGGAGUUUCCAGCUUGAGGAACUUACGCUAUAUCAGUGGCUGGAGGCGAUUCACGUGGAUCAUUCUGGCCUUGAGUUCUGUACCACUACAUCUCCUGUACAACUCGGCGGUAUUCCAGUCGUUGGCAUCCAAUGAAUAUACCAUUGCUGUGGUCAAGGACUCCUUCCUCAACGCUAGUUCAUUCAACCUCACCACAGCCGAGCAAAACCGAAAAGGGGACUUUGGAUGGGACGACAGUAGAGUCAACCCUGAACAAAACUACACGCAGAUUAUUCUUGAUAUGCAAAAGGCUGCGAUGGCCGCGUCGUAUGAGGAAUUGAACACAUCCGCCUGUUUCGACCUUUAUGACGACUAUUGGACACCACAGGGAAACGCACUGAUAUUUGUGAAGAACCAGAGCGUGCAAACCCCAUUCGACGACAGUUUGCUGAUGUAUGUCUCCAUCAUCCCCCGCUACGACGACUGGGCAAAGAACAUGUGGGCUCUUGGCAACGGGACCGGAAAGUUCGUGGCGACAUCACCUACCUCACCUGUGACCACCUGGUAUCUCGGACCGCCGCACUACGAGGUAUCAUACUGCCUCGUCCAACAAAUGGACAGCGAAGCCAACAGAUGCCGGUUCGAAUACUCGCCACAGAUCAUGUUUACGGUUUGUCUACUGAAUCUCCUCAAAGCAAGUGUCAUGCUUGGUGUUUGGGUCAUGAGGAAGUGGCAGAACAGGGAUAAUAGGCAGGGUCUAUCUCAAGAGGAAAAAACACAAGCCAUGAAGGACCAAAUCUUGUAUACAUUGGGAGACGCGAUAGCUUCUUUUAUGCGCCGGCCCGACCCCACGACUGAGGACAUGUGCUUGGCACCCAAAGAUGACUAUCUAUGGAAGCGCCCUUGGGCCAAGCAGUUGAGAAAACAACCGCCAGCCCCAUCCCAGGAGCCUCGUCUGUGGGCAAGCAGGCCCAAACGAUGGUGGUCAGCCGCAAGCCCGAAGAGGUGGUUUAUUCUCAUUUUCACAUGCUGCCUCAUCCUGGGUGUAGUCGGAGGACUCCUAGGUCUGGCGCGAGUCUCCCUCCGACACCGCGGCAUCGACGUGACGAUACCCGGCCUAUGGAGCCUCGGCUUCGGCGCCCUGACGCCCUUGACAUACCUCGUGCUCGGGCUACCGCGCGAGGACCCCGUGGGGCUGAUCUCCAACGUGCUGCUGGCGAACCUGCCGCAGCUGCUCAUCUCCAUCAUCUACAUCUUGUACAACGCCAUGCUGAGCACGUUUCUCGUCCAGCGCGAGUUCAGCCUCAUGCACCGCAGCGACAGGCGGAAGCCCCUGCGCGUCUCGGAGCCCACGGGCAUCCAGCGCUCCAGCUUCUUCAUCAGCCUGCCUCUGCGGUACGGCGUGCCCCUCUACGCCACCUCGGGCGUCAUGCACUGGCUGAUAUCGCAGAGCCUCUUCCUGGCGCGCAUCACCGCCAUUUCCCCCGACGGCACAGACGACAAUACCUAUUCGUUCUCGACGUGUGGAUAUAGUCCGAUUGCGAUAUUCAUAACGUCAAAAUUUGGCAGGCAAGCUAACGAAACAUUCUUUGCCGCAGCAAUGCUGGUUGGAAUCGCACUGGUUCUGGCCCUCAUACUGGUCAGCAUGCGCAAGUACGACGGCACCAUGAGCAUGGUGUCCACGAACAGUCGCGCCAUCAGCGCUGCCUGCCACGUGCUGCCCGGAGACCGAGAUCACGGCUAUCUGCUACCCGUGCAGUGGGGUGUCGUGCGGGUCAAGGACAAAAUCGGGCAUUGCUCGUUCACCACGGCGCCAGACCACAAGCUUCAGAGGCUGGACGAGAACGUAAGAUACAAGUAG